CGUGAGUGUAUCUCAAUCCACGUUGGACAAGCCGGAGUACAGAUCGGUAAUGCCUGCUGGGAAUUGUACUGCCUUGAACAUGGAAUCCAACCGGACGGUCAAAUGCCCUCCGAUAAAACAAUUGGAGGAGGUGAUGACAGUUUUAACACUUUCUUCAGUGAGACCGGUGCGGGUAAACACGUACCCAGAGCUGUUUUUAUCGACUUGGAGCCUACUGUAGUCGAUGAGGUUCGAAGCGGAACAUACCGUCAAUUGUUCCACCCAGAACAGCUGAUCACCGGAAAAGAGGACGCAGCGAACAACUACGCCCGCGGUCACUACACGAUCGGAAAAGAAAUAGUAGAUCUAGUCCUCGACCGAAUUCGCAAGCUCGCAGACCAAUGUACCGGACUUCAAGGAUUCUUAAUAUUCCACUCGUUCGGCGGUGGUACCGGAUCCGGAUUCACGUCCCUCCUGAUGGAGCGUCUUUCAGUCGACUACGGUAAGAAGUCAAAGCUGGAGUUCGCAAUCUACCCAGCCCCCCAGGUAUCAACAGCCGUUGUCGAGCCUUACAACUCGAUCCUGACCACCCACACGACCCUCGAGCACUCCGACUGUGCCUUCAUGGUUGACAACGAGGCUAUCUACGACAUUUGCCGCCGCAAUUUGGACAUCGAGAGACCGACCUACACCAACCUGAACAGACUUAUCGGACAGAUUGUAUCCUCGAUCACAGCCUCCUUGAGAUUCGACGGAGCCCUCAACGUCGACUUGACUGAGUUCCAGACAAAUUUGGUACCUUACCCACGUAUUCACUUCCCUCUGGUGACCUACGCCCCAGUUAUUUCCGCGGAGAAGGCCUACCACGAGCAGCUCUCUGUCGCUGAAAUCACCAACGCCUGCUUCGAGCCCGCCAACCAGAUGGUGAAAUGCGACCCGCGUCACGGAAAAUACAUGGCUUGCUGCAUGUUGUACCGAGGUGACGUCGUCCCCAAGGACGUAAACGCCGCCAUCGCUACCAUCAAGACCAAACGUACCAUCCAGUUCGUCGAUUGGUGUCCAACUGGUUUCAAAGUUGGUAUCAACUACCAGCCACCGACUGUCGUACCUGGUGGAGAUCUCGCCAAAGUACAACGUGCUGUCUGUAUGUUGUCCAACACGACAGCCAUCGCCGAGGCCUGGGCUCGUCUUGACCACAAGUUUGACCUUAUGUACGCGAAACGUGCCUUCGUACACUGGUACGUUGGUGAAGGUAUGGAGGAAGGUGAGUUCUCUGAGGCUCGUGAAGAUUUGGCUGCUCUUGAGAAAGACUACGAAGAGGUCGGCAUGGACUCUGCUGAAGGUGAAGGCGAGGGAGCUGAAGAGUACUAG